AUGGAUUACUUUUGCAACUUCGUUUCACCACCCAGUCAGAGCGUCAUACUGGUUGCGAAGAAGCUAGGCAUAAAGCUAAACCUCAGGAAAAUGAACAUAUACGAUCCCGUUGAAAUGGAUACCCUGUCCAAGCUCAAUCCACAUCACAUCCUGCCGAUGCUGGUAGACAACGGCACUGUUGUAUUCGAACCAUGCGCGAUCGUCCUCUAUUUGGUGGAAACGUACGCCAAGAGCGAUGCGCUCUAUCCAAAGGAUGCGCUAGUGCGGUGCGUUGUGAAUCAGCGUCUCUUCUUCGACGUUGGCACACUGUUCAAACAGAUCUACGAAAACGUGCACGUUAAAAUGCGGAACAGUCAGCCCAGCGAGAAGCAGAUGCAAAGGUUGCAGAAGGCAGCCGACGUGCUGGAACGCUUCCUUACCGAACGAUCGUACAUGGCCGCAGAUCAGCUGACGGUGGCGGACAUUUGUUUGCUAGUUACAGUCAAUGCGCUCACCCUUUGGUUGGGCUACGAGCUUGCACCUUAUCCACGGAUCAGAGAUUGGCUCGGGAGAGUGGUGGCAGAAAUUCCGGGUUGUGUUGAGUUUCAAAGGGAGGUAGAGGACGCCACCAGGGCGUACGUAGUCAACCGAAAGAUUUGA